AUUGUCUCCCCUGCAGUGCUGUGGACGGCUCAAGGACUUUUCCUGGUGGAGAACUCGGAGGCUGCCACCAUCAACAGGAACACAGGGAUGUUCUGGGCUCUGUUACAGUGCAGCAUGUUGUUUGGCAAUCUGUACAUUUACCUGGACUGGAAUGGAAGAACAGAAAUACCAGACAGCAGUAGAAAGAACAUUUUCCUGGCCAUGGUGGUGGCUUCUGUGGUGGGGACUUUGUGCUUCCUGGUGCUCAGGAGUUCUCCUCCCCAAGAGGAGAUCCUUUCUGAGGAGGAAGGAGUGUCUUUGCUGUCUUCACAUGUGGUGUACAAGCACCGAGCGAGCACGGCCCUGCAAGAGAUCAAGGCGGACAUCCAGACCAUUCUGCAGCUGCUGAAGACCAAAACCAUCCUCCUCCUCAGUCCCAGCAUGGCCUACAGCGGCCUGGAGCUGUCUUUCUACAGCGGCGUGUACGGAACAUGCAUCGGAGCCACCGCGCAGUUCGGCGAUUCGGCGAAAGGCCUCAUCGGGAUCUCCGGCAUCAUGGUGGGCGUGGGCGAAAUCAUCGGCGGGGGCUUGUUCGGAUUGAUGUGCAAGAACACUCGCUUCCGGCGCACUUCGGUGGUCUUCCUGGGAAUGGUGGUCCAUUUCGUAGCCUUCUAUCUCAUCUUCCUCAACAUUCCCGAUGAUGCUCCCGUUGUCUUCCACACCGUCACCCAGAAGAGCCCCUUUCUGACUCCAAGCGUGCCCAUCGUCCUGCUGUGCAGCUUCCUGCUGGGCCUGGGAGACAGCUGCUUUAACACGCAGCUCUACAGCAUUUUAGGAUGCGUGUACAUGGAGCGCAGCACGCCCGCCUUCGCCAUCUUCAAAUUCAUCCAGUCUGUUUUCGCAGCAUUGGCGUUCUUCUACAGCGGCGACGUGAUGCUAACGUGGCAGCUCCUCCUCAUGGUCAUCCUGGGCUUCGGCGGCACCCUCUGCUUCUUUAUGGUGGAGCGUAUGUACAACUUCACCACAGAACCGCUGGAAUAACAAGUUAGAAAAAGAACAAACUUCGAUUUGCUCGCCAAUGCAGUUAAACCACGCGUUAUUUCUCUCGUCAUCCUCGCCGCCGCAGGAGCCUUUGCAUAUUUGCUGAUGGCGUGACAUCGCCCGCGCUGUGAUCACAGUUCAUUAACACCACACACACUUUCUAACAUUUAUGGCCACUUUGCAUUCGCCCUCAGCUCAGGUCUGGCCACUUUUUUUGGAAAUAUUUUAUAUGCAUCUCAAACUGUCACUUUAUUGCUUUUAUAGCUCGUCUUUUUUUGUGUUUUUCACUAUCAAAUAUUUCUCAGAAUAGGAGCGCUCGACAAUCUCUGGUCUCCGUUUUUGUACAUUACUGAGUCUUAACAUUUGAAAACUCACACACUGUUUAUUUAAAAGCACUACUAACAAGCCAAAAUCACAUUUUUAUGGAGAAUAAAGCUAAUUGUUUCAUAUAAUAA